GUUUUUGAUAUGGAAUUUCUCUUAGUUUAUUUGUUGUUUUUCCCCUUAAAUUCUUAGUUUGUUACAACGAGAUUUAUUGCGGUUGGUUUAUCUUCAAUUCUAUUAAGAUUUUGAUUCGUAUGUCGAUUUUGCCGAGGAUUUGAGCGUCAGAUUAGUCAUAGUUCGACCCAUUUCCCUCAGCUUCGUCAGCUGAUAUUUGAACAUGGGUUCAUUGAGAGGGGGAUUGCUCAAGUGUAUCAAAGAAGUGUCAAAGCACCCCAGGUUUCCAAUUGGCAUAUGUAGAGGGUCACAGUCAUGGCACUCCACCAUGUCCUUUGACGAAUAUGAAGGGAAAAAUGAUAUAGAAGAUGAUAGUUUUAUUGAUGACAACAGAGAGUUGGAACCCCAAGGUGUAGACCCCAAGAAGGGCUGGGGUUUCAGAGGUGUGCAUAAGGCAAUCAUUUGUGGAAAAAUUGGGCAGACACCUGUGCAGAAAAUUUUGAGGAAUGGGCGGACUGUAACGAUAUUUACUGUUGGAACAGGAGGUAUGUAUGAUCAAAGAAUUAUUGGAGCUGAACAAUUGCCAAGACCAGCUCAAUGGCAUCGAAUCGUGGUUCAUAAUGAACAACUUGGUGCAUAUUCUGUUCAACAGUUGGUGAAGGACUCUGCUGUUUUCAUUGAGGGGGAUAUUGAAACUAGAGUCUACAAUGACAGCAUCAAUGGUCAAGUUAAGAAUGUACCUGAGAUCUGUGUGCGUCGUGAUGGCAAGGUUCGCUUGGUGAAGUCUGGGGAUAGUGCUGCUAACAUUUCCUUAGAUGAGCUACGAGAAGGAUUAUUUUGAGAACUCAAUGGCACAGUACCUGCCUUGCCUUUGGAGGAAGAACCCGAACAAUCUAAUGCAUCACAUGCAGGUUUUUCAUGGAGCAUCAAAUUUUGUGAUGUGUUGUUUCCUGUCUUUUGUUUUCUACAUCGAGUAUGUUGCUGCCUUGGCAAUAGUUGCUGUAUUCUCACUCCUAUGGGCCUUGCAGCAGAAAUGAUGACUAAGCUGGGUUCUAGCAAUCCAAGGCAUAUAUGAAUUCUUCGUCAAAUUAAACAACAACUAUAAUGAGUUCAUUUAUAAGGGGUUGUAAGCCCAUUUGCUUUUAUUUUUA